UCAAAACCAUUGAUUACAAUACCAACCCACACCAAGAAGUACACUGCAGAGGUUAGCGCACCGACGCGCAUUAAUAUAUCCCCUCGAUUCAAUUCUCCCUCCUCCUACCCCACUAACAAGUUUAUAAACCCUCUCUCCCUCCUCCAUCACCCAUGCACACACACGCCCCUACUGUCAAAAACUGAUCAGCACGCGACAAAACCAUGAACCUCCUCUAUCUCCUCCUCCCUCUCCUCCUCCUCCUCCUCCAGAACCCCACCUCAACUCUCUCAGCGACCCCACAAGUCCUCCUCUCCUCCUGCGCCGCCGCUCGCCACCCCGACCUCUGCUACUCCGCCAUCUCCGCCUCCCCUCACCUGAUCCCCUCCAUCUCCUCCCACAACGACGUCAUCCACGCCUCUCUCAACCUCGCCAUCUCCUCCAUCCAAAACUCCUCCUCCCACCUCCAAACCAUCCCCCUCUCCUCUGCGACUCUCACCCGUCGCGAGCGCAACGCCCUCCAAGACUGCGUGCGCCUGUUCCAGGACUCGCUCGAGGAGCUUCGCCUCGCCGAAGCCGAUCUCGUUAAUGCUUCGGGGUUCGACGCCGUGGACGUCGAGUUCCUCAUCAGUGGCGCCAUGACUAACCACGAGACGUGCAUUGAUGGAUUCUCGCACGAUGAGGUUGAUCGCAGGCUGCGAGCGAGGGUCCUCGACGGCGUUGAUCACGUGAUACGCAUGUGCGCCAACUCUCUGGCGAUGGUCAGAAAUGGGACAUCUCCGGCAUCUAGGCUUCCGUCGACUAAUUGGACGGAGAUGUUAGAAGGGGAGGUGCAGGCGAAGGUGGAGGUCAACGUUACGGUGGCGGCAGACGGGAGCGGGGAUUUUAGGACGGUGGGGGCCGCGGUGGACGCGGCGCCGGAGAAAAGUAAGAGUAGGUAUGUGAUUGAGAUAAAGGAGGGGAGGUAUGAGGAGUACGUGUUUGUUGGGAAGAAAAAGGUCAAUCUAAUGUUCGUGGGGGCGGGGAGGGGUAGAACGGUCAUUAGUGGCAACAGGAGCGUGGCGGAUGGGCUCACCACCUCCCAGACUGCAACUUUGGCAAGUUCACGCACAAAGGGCCAGGCGGUGGCCCUCCGCGUCAAGGCCAACUUCUCUGCCUUCUACAACUGCGACAUCCUGGGCUACCAAGACACACUGUACGCCCACCACAACCGACAGUUCUACCGCAAUUGCCUCAUCCGAGGCACCGUCGACUUCAUUUUCGGCAACGCUGCCGUCGUCCUCCAAGACUGUGACAUACAGGUCCGCCAACCCAACCCGGGCCAGAAAAACAUGGUAACGGCCCAUGGACGCAAGGACCCGGAUGAGCCCACGGCUAUAUCGAUCCAUCGGUGUAGAAUCGGGGCGGAGCCCGGGUUUAACAAAUCCUUGAACCCGACGUACUUGGGCCGGCCCUGGAAAGAGUACUCGAGGACGGUGAUUAUGCAGUCCAAUAUCAGUGAGGUGAUUCAUCCGGCAGGGUGGCACGAGUGGGAUGGGGGGUUUGCGCUGGAUACUUUGUAUUACGGUGAGUAUGGUAAUAGUGGGCCUGGUGCCGGGACGGCCCAAAGAGUUAACUGGACUGGCCAUAGGAUCAUCUAUAAUUCUACAGAGGCCCAACAGUUUGCUGCUGUGAGUUUGCUUACUGGUUCAGAGUGGUUGGGGUCCACAGGGUUCCCCUAUUACCUUGGAUUGUGAGUCGAUAUGGAUUUGGGAUUGGAUAUUGUUAGUGAAGUGCAGCAUGUUUGUCCUCGAGGAUAAUGGGAAUAAUAUACGACUCUUUGUUGGUUAUAUGUUCAACUUGUUUACUAGCACAUUGAUGAUUUA